GCUUCUUCCUCGACAAAAAUGGCGGCUCCUUUAACACUAUUGCUGAUAGUGGCUGUUACAAUAAGAGCCGUUUUAUUCCGAUCCAGUUUGGCAGAAGUAAUAUCAGAGAGGGUCGAGGUGGUGUCGCCUUUGAAUGCGUGGAAACGAGUUGUAGAGGGUCUUGCCUUGUUGGAUCUGGGGGUCUCGCCUUACUCAGGAGACGUGUUUCAUGAAACACCGCUUAUGAUAUACCUCUUCCAUUUUAUGGUCGACUAUGCAGAGAUUGUUUUUAUGAUAGCAGAUGGAAUCACAGCGGUGGCCCUUUAUCUGUCAAUUCAGACUUAUAAUAAGAAUGUGUUUAGAAAACAGAAGUAUGCCUUGGAAUCGGACCGGUAUCCCGCCGACAGUUUGGAGCUUCUCCGCUCUCCCAAGGAAAUGCUCUACAUCCCCCUCAAGGUUGCCAUGUUUUAUCUGCUAAAUCCCUUCACCAUCCUGUCUUGUGUGGCAAAGUCAACUUGUGGGCUGAACAAUGCCAUUAUUGCGCUCUUCAUUCUCUGUACAUUAAAAGGAAGUGCCUUGUUGAGUGGGAUAUUGUUGGCCUUGGCCACAUAUCAGUCAAUCUAUCCUCUGACCCUGUUUGCUCCUGCACUCCUAUUCUUCUUGCAGAGGUUAUAUAUCCCCGUGAACCUGAGAAGGAGUAGUUUCUGGUUCUUCACUCUUCAGUAUGCGUUCAUAUAUGUGGGCAGCCUGGUGGUGAUCACUGGACUCUCUUUCUUCCUCCUGGGCUCUUGGGACUUCAUCCCUUCUGUCUAUGGAUUUAUAUUUUCUGUUCCAGACCUGACUCCAAACAUCGGACUCUUCUGGUACUUCUUUGCGGAGAUGUUUGAGCACUUCCGUCUCUUCUUCAUCUGCGUCUUCCAGAUCAAUGUGUUCUUUUACACCAUCCCGCUCUCCAUCAAACUCAAGGAGCAUCCAGUGUUCCUCAUCUUCAUGCAGAUUGCCAUCAUCUCCAUCUUUAAGUCGUACCCCACCGUAGGAGAUGUCGCCCUCUACAUGGCAUUUUUGCCAGCCUGGAGUCACCUUUAUCGAUUUUUAAGAAACAUCUUUUUGGUUUCAUGCGUGCUGUUGGCGUGCUCCGCGCUUUUUCCUGUACUCUGGCAUCUGUGGAUAUACGCUGGCAGUGCCAACUCUAAUUUCUACUACGCCAUUACGUUGCUCUUCAAUUUUGGACAGAUCCUCCUGGUGUCAGAUUAUUUUUACGCCUAUCUGCGUCGAGAACAUCACCUGACCCAUGGCCUCUAUCUAAAGAAGAAAGAUGGCACUGAAGCCACUCUAGUGUUAAAGUGACCUUCUUUCACAGGACUAAGAGAUCUCACCGACUGCCUCACACUCCCAUAUCUUUGCUUUUUUAUUUAACUUUUCACACUACAUUUUUUCCCCAGCUCUUUUACUUUCUCAGCUCAUUUUGCCUCUCCUUUCUUUUUUUUUUGGUACUUUCUUUUGUACAUUUAAGCAUUUUACCUCAUGUUUGAAUGUUGACACCCCCUCUUGGACCAAAGCUGACUUUUUGAUAAUGGGGGCUGACGGAAGGUGUCUGAGUGAUGCAGAACUUUACAAUUGUGGCUCCCAUGAGGUGGGUGCAAAGUUAUUUUCACUUUUGAUUUGCUUGUCUUUCAUUGUUUCUGAGGAUAUAUUUUCUUUAUUAAACUCCAUUCAAAAAGUGAGGUCAUUUGGUUGGACGUGCAGUUUGAAGUCAUGGUCAGCAGAGGGCAUAAUGUGAAUGUGGAGUGAUUACAAACAUUGACUUCAGAGGGCCAAAACUCACAGAGCUCUCAGCGCCUUUUAUUGGAGGGUCCGACACGAAGAGGUGGUUAUGUUCAAAUGUUCUCUGAAUGCUUUUCUUGGUUUGACUCAUGAACAAAAAAACCUCUUAAUAAUACAAGAGGCAUAGGAGUGGCUUAAAAUAGUCAGAUUUGGUACUUUUUGUACAAUAAUUUUGUUUUGUUUUUUUGUUCUAACAGAAUGAGGGAUUAAACUGCACUGCAAUUUUAUUUUCCACUAAACUGAAUUGGGUUUGUUGUCCUGCUUUAUGAUUCCCUUGGGAAUUAACCGCCUGGAUUUACUUUGAUCCAUGAUUUUGAUCCAACACCACUGCACGUGACCCUAUCGUUUGCACACCUGUAAAACCCCUCCCUCUUGUGGCUAGACCUUCCUUGUAGUUUCUAGAUGGUGGAAUUUUCCACAGCUUGUAUUGUUUCUAAACCUUUCCAGUUAUCCGCCCUUUGGCCAGGUAGGAAGACGUUUAAACAUCCUGUUGGCUUCGAUUAUGAGGUCAGCUGUUUCAAAGUUUAGCGUGUCAAAGUCAUCUCUAAAGUCAUAAAGAAAGAUGUAGACGCUGAAGGUUUACAAACAUAUGCUUGCUGUUUAAUUUACACAAUGACAUACCUUAUUGUACCUUAUGUUGACCUUAAAUGACAUUUAUAACGCAAAUGUAUUUCCUUAAAGAGCUAAAUGACAGCUGAAGCUACUAAACAGCUAAACAGUUAAAGUAUUUUAUAUCGUACUGUAUAUUAACCAAGAAACUGCUAGCAGGAAGAUAAAAACAAAUGAUUCGUUCUUCUUCCUGAAAAAUUAAGAUAAGACUUGUUUUUACAGAAUACAUUUUCAAUUAAGUUUGCUUCUCUUACCACAUCGGCAGAAACUUUUAUUUCAAGCUUUACUUGUUUUGUUUGAUUUGUGCCUAAAACAAAUACAAGCAUUUAGUAAUGUAAGAAAAAAAUAACUUAAAUGUUUUAUAUCUUGUACAGUUUUGUUUUGACACUGUUUAGACAGAAAGACUAAGACAACGUUUUGUUUGUUUGUUUUUUUGGUAGUAUAAUACAGCAUUUUGACUGAAACUACUGAUUUUACCUACCCAUUUUGAGCAGUUGUUAUAUUAGCCAGCAGUGUUGGGGUAACGCAUUACAAGUAAUGCAAGUUACAUAAUCAGAUUACUUUUUUGAUUAAGUAACUAGUAAAGUAACACAUUACUUUACAUUUUCAAAUAAGUAACGCCAGUCACUUUUUCCCCCCAUUUAUUGAUUGAAAGCUCUCGUGUCCCCACUUUGAGAGAAAUCAGGCAUAAUUUUACUUUAGUUAUAGAAUAAAUUUGAACAUGCAUUAAUUAAUCUCACAAAAAAUAAAAAAAAAUACAGAUUCCGUAUUCCUCAAAAUGAAUAAAAACAGUUCUGCAACUCAGAAUAUGAUGCAAACCUGCAAUAAUUAAAUGUAUUUAAUCCCAUUUUAUUAACCAGUGUCCUUGGUGCUAACCUUCGAUUAUCCAAAUAAACCAUAUACUAAUAAGCAAAAAUGACUCAAGAUAAACUAACUAGAUCAAGAUAAAAUAUUCUUUUUGUAUUUUUAUUUGCUGAAGACAUGAAUUUACUUUUCCUUCAGCUUGACGCUUUUGGUGUGAGAGGGCUGUUACAUUUAACAAAAAUAUAACUUUCUAUAUUAUAAAUGAACAAGCAACCCAGCUCAGAUUUAAAAAGCAACGCAAAAGUAAAGUAGCACAUAACUUUCCAUAAAAAAUAACUAAGUAAUGUAAUUUGUUACUUUUUUUUUAGGAAGUAACACAAUAUUGUAAUGCAUUACUUUUAAAAGUAACUUUUCCCAACACUGUUAGCCAGUACCUUUUUUUUUUCCAGUCUUCAUGGGGAUUAUUUAUUGUGUUCUUUUGAAUUCAUUUUUCUACUCCAUUUUACCUUGUUUAUAAACGUGCUUUCGAUACCAAGUUGGAGACAUUUGAAUGGCCUGCGAAAUGUGAACAUGUCUGUGGUCGGCACGAUUAAGGGCUUCUCUCCUGCUUGCGUCAGAGAUGGAACUGCAGGGAAUCUUUUUCUUAAGUUAGUGCGAAAUUUUAACAAUUUUAAUGUGUUUUCAGAUAGUUUCUCUUUCAUUUUGAAUGCCUAUACCAGCGGUCCGGAAAUGUGCACACUGAAGUAUUACAACAUUAUGUGACCUCCGUUUCACAUUACUCUGGUUCCCCUUUCGAUCUGAAAGGAAAGUUUGGGCAAUUCUGGAUGUCAUAAUACUGAUUUGAAAUGAUCUGUAAAAGAUGAGGUGAUUAAAAUGCCAAUAAAGGUUAUUUCUCAGUUA